AUGGAUACCAUGUUGGAAACUAGAGCUCCAAUCCAGCAGAGGAGCAGCCACCAUGGCCACGAGGGCAGCCUGUGGUCAUCAGGCUUUGGGAUGAAGCUAGAGGCCGUUACCCCAUUCCUGGGGAAGUACCGCCCCUUUGUGGGUCGCUGCUGCCAGACCUGUACACCUAAGAGCUGGGAGUCCCUCUUCCAUAGAAGCAUCAUGGACCUGGGCUUCUGCAAUGUGAUCCUGGUGAAGGAGGAGAAUACCAGGUUUCGGGGCUGGCUGGUCCGGAGGCUCUGCUAUUUCCUGUGGUCCUUGGAGCAGCAUAUUCCACCCUGCCAGGACGUCCCACAGAAGAUUCUGGGAAGCACUGGGGUACAGAGCCUGUUCUUGGGGAGGGCCCCCACAGGGGCUGGGGAAGGCCAGGUGCCCGACCUGGUGAAGAAAGAUGUGCACCGUAUCCUGGAUCAGAUCCAGGCCCCACCCCGCCCUUUCCUACUCAGGCUGUUCAGCUGGGUGCUGCUGUGGCUCCUGAACCGCCUCUUCCUGAAUGUGCAGCUGCACAAGGGCCAGAUGAAGAUGGUCCACAAGGCAGCACAGGCGGGCCCGCCACUCGUAUUCCUCUCUACGCACAAGUCACUCCUGGAUGGGCUCCUGCUGCCCUUCAUUCUGCUCUCCCAGGGGCUGGGCGUGCUCCGUGUGGCGUGGGACCCCCGGACCUACUCCCCAACCCUUCGAGCUCUGCUGAAGAACCUUGGGGGGCUUUUCCUGCCCCCAGAGGCCAACCUGUCUCUGGACAGCUCUGAGGGGGUCCUGGCAAGAGUUGUGGUGCGUGCAGCCGUGGAGCAGCUGCUGGUCAGUGGGCAGCCCUUGCUCAUCUUCCUGGAAGAGCCCCCUGGAAUCCUGGGGCCACGACUGGCAGCCCUUGGCCAAGCCUGGCUUGGACUGGUCAUGCAGGCUGUGCAGCUGGGCCUUGUCUCAGAUGCCACACUGGUGCCAGUGGCCAUCAGCUAUGACCUGGUUCCAGAUGUACCAUGUGGCAGUGACCACGCCUCAGCCCCCCUGGGGCUGUGGACCGUGGCUCUGGCUGUCCUGCAGAGCCUGUGUAGCUGCUGGGGCAGCCGUGGCCGGGUCUGCGUCCGAGUACACCUGGCCCAGCCCUUCUCCCUGCAGGAAUACACCAUCAAUGCCAGAAGCUGCUGGAGCAGCAGGCAGACCCUGGAGCAGCUGCUGCAGCCCAUUGUGCUGGGCCAAUGCACUGUGGUCCCAGACACUGAGAAGGAGCAGGAGUGGACCCCGGUCACUGCACCUCUCCUGGCCCUCAAGGAAGAGGACCAGCACCUGGUCAGGAGACUGAGCCAUCACAUCCUGAAUGCUGGCGUGGCAAGCUCUGCGGUGAUGAGCACGGCCAUCAUGGCGACGCUGCUGCUCUUUAAGCACCAGAAGGGUGUGGUCCUGUCGCAGCUCCUGGGGGAGUUCUCCUGGCUCACAGAGGAAACGCUGCUGCGGGGCUUCGACGUGGGGUUCUCUGGGCAGUUGCGGUGCCUGGUGCAGCACACGCUGAGCCUGCUGCGGGCACAUGUGGCCCUGCUGCGUGUCCACCAGGGGGACCUGCUGGUGGUACCCCGGCCCGGCCCAGGCCUCACACACUUGGCACGUCUGAGUGCCCAGCUACUGCCCGCCUUCCUGAGUGAGGCUGUGGGUGCCUGUGCUGUGCGGGGGCUGCUGGCAGGCAGGGUGCCACCAGAGGGGCCCUGGGAACUGCAAGGCAUAGAGCUCCUGAGCCAGAAGGAGCUGUACCGCCAGAUCCUGCUGCUGUUGCACCUGCUGCCACAAGACCUGCUGCUGCUGCAGCCCUGCCAGUCUUCCUACUGCUACUGCCAGGAGGUGCUGGACCGCCUGAUCCAGUGUGGGCUCCUGGUUGCUGAGGAGACCCCAGGUUCCCGGCCAGCCUGUGACACAGGGCGCCAGCGUUUGAGUGGCAAGCUGCUGUGGAGACCAAGUGGCGACUUUACAGACAGUGACAGUGAUGACUUUGAGGAGGCUGAGGGCCGGUACUUCAGGCUGAGCCAGCAAUCUCGCUGCCCCGACUUCUUCCUCUUCCUCUGCCGCCUGCUCAGCCCGCUGCUCAAAGUCUUUGCAUUGGCUGCAGUCUUCCUGCACCAGGGCCAGCUGCCUGACACAGAGUCGGGCUACAUGGCGCAGCUGUUUCAGUUCCUGCAGGCCACUGCCCAGGAAGAAGGGAUCUUUGAAUGUGUGGACCCUAGGCUCGCCAUGAGUGCCAUCUGGACUUUCAGAGACCUAGGGGUGCUGCAACAGACACCUGGUCCCACAGGCCCCGUGCUCCACCUGGCCCCUACGUUUGAAUGCCGAGACAAUCAGGACAAGCUGGAACAGUUCAUCCGGCAGUUCAUCUGCAGUUAGACCUGGCAGGAGGCGAAAAGCCCACUGGCCUCUCAGCCCCGGGACACAGCCACUCCCUGAGCCAGGUGACAGAGGUGGCAGUGGCUGCAAACCCUUAGCUGGACUCUACAAAAUCUUCACUGUUUGACCACCCCUUAUCCCUUGCCGUCUCCAUCCUUUGGUGUGAUAUACAGGGGGACUGGGCAAGUCCUCAUCCCAA